UAAGAGCGUGCGCAAGAUGAGUGCGCAUGCGCGGAGGAUGACAGCAAGAUCGGUUCAGUGUGGUUUACUUUCUGAAAGUUUCUGUUCACAACUCCAGUCGAGGUGCAGCUCUCGAGGAACACACACGUGGAACCAAGUGCUCUCUUGUUCACUUCACGCCCUUACUACGUUCAAUAUGCGCAUGACCCUGGUCCUCGUGGUGGCACUGGCCCUUCUCGGGUCCGCCAGUGCCCAGCGUGCCUCCAGGCUGCAGCAGAUGGUCAGAGGAUUUGUGGACGACAUGAGUGACAUGGCCUCGAGAAUUGGCACGGGCAUGCUCAAGUCCUUCAACAGCCGGCCAGGAGCAGCACGAGAGAAUCGCCCCUCUUUUCCCGGCCGCAAACGCCAGCGCCCCGUCCCCCUCGAUGACCUCCCGGCCCGUCAGUCCAGCGACAACUUGGUAGCUCCUAACGACCCUCAGCGCCCUCGCCCUGUGCUACGUCAGGAGCGCCCUCGCCUGACCUUCCGCCAGUUCGUGGACGGCACCAUGGCCGGACUCAGGAACUUCUUCCCCAGGCUCAGCCGCCGAAACUUCCACCGCAGCGCUCGCGACGUGCAGCAAUAAUGGAGGCACUGAGGCCAGCAAGGUGACGGGAGCUUCGCCCUCAGGAGGGGUCGAGGGGCAUGUGGUGCACCAGCAACAUGGGAGCGGGGAUGCCUACCAGGGGCCAUCCAAUGCCCCUCAAGCUGCCCUCAACCCAUACACUGGUAACGCCGAUAGUAACACGCCUGGUGUCAGCACUGUAAAUACCAAAACACAAAAUACAAACUCGUACCACCAAAGCAUGAGCAGCGGCCGAGGACCUUCGCAACGCCAGCAAGGUUUCGGUUACCGCGGCCGCCCUUCCGGCAACCGGCGCCCACCGUCAGGAACACCUCAGUUUCACAGUCAGAGAGACGAGCUGCUUCCUCCUGGCCCGCCCUACUCCUCCCACAGUUACGACCCGGGUUUACAUGAUGGUCGUAUCUCCAGCGGGAUAGGCGGUCAGAACAGGGAGCAGCAGUGGAACUUUCGUAGGCGCUGGGACACUCACAGAGCAAGAUAAUUUAAGUCUCCCUAAGACUAUCCAGUCUACCACACACAUACACUAAACAAAAUAAUGUACAUCUGUCAUCUAUGCACUGAUUCAAUAUGCACUUGUUACAAACACACCUUCAGAACACAUCCAUUGUUACAAAGCUCAGUGGAUAUACACGCUGUACAUUUAGUGAAGUGCGGCGCCUAAAGCAUAUAUGUAUUAGUGCAUAUACACCAGUACAUCAAUGCAAUUUUAUUUCUGACACACACACAAACUUGUGAAAACCUGCACACAGAAAACAUAUCAGUUGACUGAGCGCCAGCUUCCACCAACACAUCAAUAUACACUAUAUUGCAUUUCAUAACAUGACUUCACUGGAUGUACAUUAAAGACACACACAUUUUGAGACACAGACAUCGAUCUACACUC